UCCAAGUUAGUCUCGCGUUAACGGUGUAUUCAGGAGGCCGCAAAUUAAUAUUAACAUACGAUUCGCGAAUAUUUAGCAAUAAGGUAGUUGCAUUUCGUUGUGUAGUGUUAACUGAAAGUGCCAUAACAGAAAGUUCCAGGCUUUUUCUUUGUUCAACAAGUGUCGGUAUUUCGUCGGUAAAGCGAUAAGAGCGAUAUUUAUGUUUUGAUGUUUAAAUACACAGUAGCAUUCAUGAAUUCGUUACGAGGUUGCACGCUCAAAGGAUUUAACAGCGUAGGUCGCUUUAAGUGGUAAAUUGAGAAUCAUCUGACCAAUUUCCAUAAGCAAUGGAAGUGAACAAUUCAAGUUUAACAGUAGAUGACAGACUUCCAUUGGGGAAAAGUUGCGAGCUCGAUUUCGAGCCUUUUCACUUCAAUGGAUUAAUUAGAAAGAAUCGGAUUAAAAUGGGCGAUAAGGAAGACCAAAAGCUGCUAAAUAGCGUAAACAACAACAACAAGCCGAUAAUUAUUAGUAAAAGUGCGAGUAGUGGGAAUAAUCUUAAUUUAAGGACAAAUCCGGAGGAAGCGAUUCUGAGAUCAUCUUCAGGUGAUCCUAACGUUGUCGGUUUGCCUAAUGCACCUGAAAGUGUUGUCAAAUCAUCAAAAAAUGAAGUCUGUGAUAUUUACAAAGAAGCCGAAAACACAACGUCUUACGCCCCAAUGUACCUUUUGACCAAUCCAAAUUCGUCCCAUUCGUUUCCGAGUCGAUAUUCAAAUAGUGUGCGUUCCUCAAGAUCCGGUGAAAGUCGUUUUAACCCUUCUCUACGACCCUUUAGUGACACGAGUAGCCAAAUCUCGCGGCCUUUCUCCGAAGGACUGUCAAUUCGAUCGUUGGCGUCGAUUGGAAUGGGAUCAACCGAUGGGAAGAAGAUGAUCAUCAGGAAAAUACCGAACUCUCCCUCUGAACUUUUUAACAUCAUCAAUCCACCGACACCACCGGACGAAUAUCUAUACGAUGUGGAAAGUUUCGAUGAUGGAUCUGACGAAACGAGCACGACAUUUCGAAAACCAAGACGUCAUCUGUGGUCGAAUAAGAUACAGUUUGUGUUGGCCUGCGUUGGUUACAGCGUUGGAUUAGGAUCUGUGUGGCGGUUCCCUUAUCUAUGUUACCAAAGUGGAGGAGGUGUAUUCUUAAUUCCCUACGUAAUUAUAAUGGUAAUAUGUGGAGUACCACUACUAUAUUUGGAAUUAGCUGUUGGUCAAUUUACAGGUCGGGGUCCUAUAGGAGCACUCGGACAGCUUUGUCCUUUAUUCAAAGGAGCUGGUUUGGCAAGUGUUGUAAUCUCGUUUUUAAUGUCGACCUACUACAGUGUCAUUAUCGCCUACUCAAUAUACUAUUUUUUCACCGCGUUUAAACCAACCCUGCCCUGGGAAGAAUGCUCAAGUUUGUGGAACCUUCAAGAUUGCUGGAUUCCCGCGAAACUCAAUCAGAACAUAACGAAAUCGCCUAACAGUCGUACACCUGCCGAGCUGUUUUUUGACCGGAAGGUGUUACAAAUAAGCAAAGGAAUCGAGUAUGUGGACUCGCUUCGCUGGGAACUGGUGGCAUGUCUGCUCUGUGCGUGGUUCCUCGUAUAUUUUGCAAUCUGGAAGAGCAUAAAAUCAUCAGCAAAAGUUCGAUACUUCACUGCCACAUUGCCAUUUAUACUCAUAAUUGCGUUUCUGGUUAAAUCGCUUACAUUAGAGGGGGCUAACAAGGGAAUGCAGUAUUUCUUUCGACCCAAGUGGGAGUUGUUAGGUCAAGCUCAAGUGUGGGUCAACGCAGCUGCUCAAACGUUUAACUCGAUGGGAAUCGCGUUCGGCUCCAUGAUUUCAUUUGCAAGUUACAACCGCUUCAGCAACAACAUUUUGCACGACACGCUUGCCGUAUCAUUCGUUAACGCCGUUACAAGUUUGUUGGUCGGGAUCUUUGCAUUUGCCACCAUUGGGAAUAUCGCAACCGAACAAAACACUUCAGUUGAGAACGUUAUAGCCGAUGGACCUGGACUCAUAUUCUAUGUCUACCCUCAGAUGAUGGCCAAAAUGCCCGCAGCGCGUAUUUGGACUGCACUUUUCUUCUUUAUGCUCCUAUGUCUAGGACUGAACAGCCAAUUUGCUAUAGUCGAAGUAGUAGUCACCUCCAUCCAAGAUGGCUUUCCUGCAAUGAUCAAAAAGCGGCUUCUUUGUCAUGAAAUGUUAGUGCUGGUAGUAUGCGUCGUGUCAUUUCUCUGCGGAUUACCAAACGUUACAAACGGUGGUAUUUACUUCUUUCAACUCAUUGACCACUAUGCCGCCUCCAUAUCAAUAAUGUACCUGGCAUUCUUCGAAAUAAUAGCUGUGGCGUGGGUGUACGGAGUGCGACGAAUUUCAAAAAAUGUAGAAAGUAUGACGGGUCGAGCUCCGAGUCUCUACUUCAAAUUUUGUUGGGUAAUAGCGGCACCCUUGCUCAUAUUUGCGGUGUGGAUCUUCUGCCUAAUAGAUUACGAGGCACCAACUUACAACAAAGGACAGUAUCACUAUCCUGUAUGGGCCGUUGUAUUAGGCUGGCUUAUUUCCUCAUUGUCAAUUCUUUGCAUUCCAUUGUACGCAAUAUACAUAUUCGCCAAACAACGGGGGACGACCUUCUUAGACAAACUGAGGCAGUCCAUGCAGUCAAAUUUGUAUGAGUGCGAAAAAUGCGGAGAACACUUCUGCGACCAUCCCGAUGAGAUCCGUGGGCACGAGGUGCAACCGAUGCUAGUACUGAAGAAUUCCGAAAGACCAAUCGGUAAUGGAAUACAUUUUGAUGCUAUGAACUACUCGUCAGCGUCAAAUACUCCACUAACACGCAGUCCAAUUACCACACGAACUUUACACACACGACUUAUGUUAAGUAAAAGCAAACCGGUAGAUGUCUCAACCACUGUUCCCGCAAGCGAUUGGACUGAAAGUGAAAAGGUAAUUCCUAAGGACGAUUCACCAAAUCCGAGUAGUAUAAGUAAUGAAAUCGAUGAUUGUGUGCCAAGUAGUAGUAAUUCCGAAACCAAGUGAGAUGGAGAUUGAUACCAGUUGUCAGUUUACCUACUUACUUGGUCCUCAUGUGGUGAUCAAAUGUGAUUUUAGUCUUGUAUUACGAUUAUGCGUUGUGUUAGAUCCAAUUAAGCAUUCCUGUAGUUUUAGGCAGUGUACAUUGAAGUAUUAUUUAUUGUUACAUUAACAAAUCAAUAAGAUCAUUAAAGGCAAUACUUGAAUAAU